AGCCAAUACUGACUCAAGCAAUUUCGGCGCAGCGCUGUACAUUGCUUGUGCUACUGCACACUUUCACUCUUGCUACCGACCCGCAGACACUGUCGGGUGCAGUGCGGCACACGGCGCCCGUCUCCAUUCGCCGUGCCGGGGUCCAUGACCGCCAUGGCGGCGCGGCUUCUCCUGCUCGCGCCGGCCUUGGCUUCCUCCAUUGUCGUUUACCAGCGCGCAGUGGUGGGGGCUCAGCACGCGUCGUCCAUGGACCCGGAGGGUCGCAAGCAUCUGACGUGCCUCGGCAGAGGCAGAGGUAAUGAGACGGCCGACGAGUUCCUGAGCCAAUGCAAGGCGUGCCGGCUGUACGGCACGGACGUUCCUCGCAUAUACAUCAAAGAAGGCAAGGACGGCGUCGGCUCCAGGUUUCACGAGGUCAUCGCAGGCAUGGCCAUGGCGGCCCACGUGCACAUGGCUCUGGGUGGGGUCAUUGUCGGACCGAAAAGUUGCCAUCAGUCGCACGGCUUCGAUACCUUCAAGGCCGUGAGCACUUUCUUCAACAUCACGGAUCCGAAUCUUCUGCUCACGACGCACGACCCAGGAUUCAGCCAGACGCAUCCUAAGUUUCAGUCUUUCGAGAAAACGUUGAAGCAGUUUGGGCUCCCCAAGUCUAAGUCGAACAUUUUCAUCCCAAGCCACUGCCUUGCGUGCGAGCUUGACAAACGUGGAAGCGCGUCGUCGUGGUACACCCCCGAACUUCUUUACGCGCUACGCACGUCGUUCAUUUGGAGGAGCCCACUGGCAUUCAAGACGGGCGUCACGUCGAUAGCUAUCCACAUCAGGCGCGGCGACGUGAAAGAGAACAAGUCUGCGGCACCGACCUCGGAGGCUGGGAAGAUUUGGUCGAUGAGAGGCGUCAGUGACGCCUGGUAUUUCAGUCUCAUCGCGCAGAUCUCAGGGACGUGUGCGCCCGACGCGGAUAUACACGUCUUCAGUUCCCUGGAGGGAAAUUGGAACAGCUCUGAUUUCGAUGGCUACCGCGAGCGGGGCGCCACCGUCCACCUGGAUGGUGACCCCAUGGAGGCGUGGGCCCACUUCGUCGCCGCCGACGUGCUCGUGAUGGCCAAGAGCAGCUUCUCCCACGUGCCCGCGCUGCUGAACGACAACUGCGUGGUCUACCAGCCGUACAUGCACCUGCCGCUCGACGGCUGGGUGUCCGCCCAGGCGAACGACUCGGCGCCGCUCGCCGCCCAGGCCGCGGAGGACCUGAGGCACUGCGUCGCGAGCAGGGCGCGCAGGAGGAGGGCCGAGACGGCGUUGCAGGCGGCCCCGGGCGCCGCGCCGCGCCCGGGACUGCAGCAUCAGACAGCGUGAGUCGGUACGAUCGGAAUGGGUACGAUACAAGGGCGCCCUCGAGGGCGCGAAGUUAUUCGCGCUUCGCGCUUCGCGGUUCGGCUCCGAUUCCUCCUCAUCCUCCUCUUCUCCCUUGGGAGGCGGCGCGAGAGCGCGAAGUUAUUCGCACUUCGCGCUUCGCGCAGCGCGAAGCGCGAAGUUGGGAGCCCUUGACGAUAGGCUUGCGUCGUGUCGACCAGCGGCGACCCCAGCGCGGGCGUUCAAGGUUGAACGCCGCCGGCG